AGAGAGCUGCCAGCCAGCCAGUGUGUACAUUCGGCUCUCUGCUGCUCCACUGAGUGGGGCUGAAGUACUUGAACUUCUACUCUGCCAGGAGGGCCAGACAAUCUCUACUGUGUUUGAAAGUCAUUGCAUGCUCCUCCUUACAAUUCUGCGCACCAUCCAUGGCUGCCACAAUGUGUGAGCUGAGAACAGCUGUUUGAGGGUAAACGUCCUUCUCCCUUUUGCCAGGCCUGCAUCUGAGUCUGCAAAAUCUGCAUCCUGUCCCAGGCUGGCAUCUGAUGUGCAGACCUGCAGCACAACAUGCAUUUACUCCUGCACUUUACUGUGUGUCUCCUCACUCUUCUAGCCUGUGUCUAUGAAGGCUCAGGUGUACCAGAGUCCUGCAACUCAGCAUGUGGUCAAAAACUCCAGACCUGCUCCUGCCAUUCAAGUUGCAUGAACCUUAACACCUGUUGUACAGAUUACCGCAAAUUAUGUCUCCAAAUUUCCCCUCACUCAGGAACAUUAAUGGGAGGGAAAGAUUUUUCUAUUGUAAAUAUUACAUUUGCUAACAAUUCUAAUGUCAUAUGCAGAUUCAAUGAUGAAACAGAUACUCAUGGUUAUGUCGAUGCAUCUGGGCAUGCUCACUGCAUUUCCCCACUCACCUUUCAGACUGGUUACAUCAAGUUUGCUUUGUCAUUUGAUAAUGGCCUGAGCUUCUCCUCAUCUGGAACAUGGCUAGCAGUUCAUCACAGCAAAGCAUCAGCGAAUGAAAAGAGUGUUUUGAUUGACUCCAGAAAAUGGCAGUACUAUGCAACCCAAGGGUACAAUGGAACUCUCACCAUGACCUGGGACCCAACAAUUCUCUCAGCUGAUCAUGUCCGUAUAGAAGUCUGGGGCUAUAAUGAAACAGGGGUUCCAUACAGUGAGUCCUGGCAAGCUCAGUGGACCUACCUCUACACUCUAAACGUGACUCAUCCCAACAAUGGCAGCUAUUCCUUCGAGCCAGUUCCUGCUCAAUCUCCAUUUGAUCAGUGGGAUGUAGGAAUGUUAAGGAUCAUUGCAAGUAACCAGAGCGAAGGAGAGAGGAAUGUGCAUGCAAUAUGGAGUCCCGUUCAUGCCUUAGCCUGGCACUUACCAGAGAGCUUCAGGAAUGACCAUACUGCCUGGGCCACUAAUAAAUGUGUGGAAUGGAAAAGUGCUGAGGACAACCACCUUCCCAACUUCUUGAGUGAAAUAGCAGACUGUCCCUGCACUAUGGAACAGGCCAGAGCCGACACUGGAAGAUACCAUACUGAUUAUGGAUGUGACAUUGAAAAGGGCAGCGUGUGUACGUACCACCCUGGGGCCGUGCACUGUGUGAGGAGCAUUCAGGCAAGCCCCCUGUAUGGAGCAGGACAACAGUGCUGUUAUGAUGCCCAUGGAGCUCAGGUUUUAACCGCUGAUUCAAUAGGGGGCAGCACCCCAGACCGAGGUCAUGACUGGGGCUCCCCUCCGUACAGGAAGCCCCCCCGAGUACCAGGCUUCUCUCAUUGGGUCUAUGAUGUGAUCACUUUCUAUUACUGUUGCCUGUGGUCAGAUAACUGCCAAGUCUACAUGGAACUGAGACGAUCAAGUGACUGUCGCACAUAUACACCACCAAAAGUUGCCUCAGCUUUUGGAGAGCCUCAUUUUAUAAGUUUUGAUGGCUUGGAUUACUCCUUUAAGGGUAAAGGACAGUAUGUUUUGGUCGCAUCUAGUCAUCCUUCUCUAAACAUUCAGUGCCGGACCACGCCUUUUUCAGUGACAAGUUCAAAAACUUUGGGUGACAGCGGAAGCAUCAGCGUCUGUGUCCACUCCCGUCGCUCAGUCUCAGAUGGCAUAAAGGUGGCCAGCAUUUCUUCAGUGGCUAUGCAAGAAGAUGGAUCUGAUGUGGUUGAAGUGCGUUUGCAGAGAGGAACCCAACAUGAACUGGAAACCCUAUUGAAUGGAGAAGUUCUCAGCUUUGAUGAGCAGAGUUGGAUGGACAUGAAAGGGGUUUUUGUAUUUUCUGCGAUUGAAUCAAAUGUCACUGUGAUGUUCCCAUCUGGAGCCGGGGUGGAAGUAAGAGCAAGUGGAGGAUUUCUGAGUAUCUCUAUUCUUCUUCCUGAUAAAUUCCUGAACAACACACAAGGACUUCUGGGAGUCAUGAACAAUGAUCCUGCAGAUGAUCUCACACUGAGGAAUGGAACUGUGUUAUCUCCUACUGCCAGCUCAGAGCAGGUUUUCCAGUUUGGGGCAGACUGGGCAGUGACCAAUGAGACUUCACUUUUUCUGUAUGACUCUAAGGACCUCAUUGACAACUAUAGACUGAAGCAUGACCCUGAUUUCAUCCCCACAUUUUCUGUGAAGGAGGAUCCAAGUGAUGCAUUGUUUGAGCAGACAGUAGCCUUGUGUGGCGACUAUAAAUUCUGCAGAUUUGAUGUCUUAACCACAAGAAGUCUAACAAUCGGCAAUUGCACCAAGAUCGCACAUGGAAAUCACAUAAUGCUGGUAGACCAUCUUCAACCAGUGAUCUCAUGUGGUUGGCUUGCUCCACCAGUGAAUGGGUUAAAGAAUGGAACUACUUAUGUGAACGGUUCCGUCAUCACAUUUAGCUGCAACAGUGGUUUUGAGUUAACUGGUUCUAGGCAGCGGAUGUGCCUGUCUGAUGGGACUUGGUCUGGAGAUCCAGCUCAGUGUGUUCUAGGAGUUGGAAAAUGCUCAGGUAAAUGUGGGCAGGUUCUCGAGGAAUGCUCCUGCCAUGUAACCUGUGAGAACCUGAAAACCUGCUGUUCAGAUUACCGCACAUUCUGUGUCCGCAUUUCACCACAGUCUGGUCUGGUAAUGGGAGGACGGGAUUUCGUCAUUCUGGAUGGGCUCUUCAAUAACGUCUCAGAUGUGAAAUGCAGGUUUAAUAAUGAAAUCAUUGUAAAUGGUUACGUCGAUGAAGCUAUGAAUGCUCACUGUGUGUCUCCACUACUCUACGAGACUGCCCGAAUUCCCUUUGAGAUGUCUGUAGAUGGCGGAAACACAUAUCCUUACUCAGGCACUUGGAUUUCAGUGCACCCUGGGAAGGUGUCAGAUUCUGAAAAAUGCACUCUAGUUAAUGAGACCAAAUGGCAGUACUAUGGCACACCAAAUACCGCGGGCACACUGACUGUUACAUGGGAUCCAAAUACAUUCAAAGAGAACUCGGUCAAGAUUGAAGUCUGGGGUUACCAGGAAACAGGAGCUCCUUAUACUAGUUCUUGGACAGGUUCCUGGAAGUAUCUGUAUACACUGGUACAUCAGCAUGCCAAUGAUGGGACUUACACUUUCUCACCUAAGCCUGCAGAAGAUGAAUAUAAUAUCUUUGAAAUUGGAAGCCUGAGGAUUGUACCUCAGCAGUAUGCCGAUGGGGAGAUGAAUGUCCAUUCAUUAUGGAGCGUGGAUCACGCCAUGGCGUGGCACCUAAGUCAAGACUUUCGAAGGGACUCCGCCAGCUGGGCACACGAUAAAUGUAUAAAUUGGUAUCAAAGUGACAAAGAGCUUCCUAACUUUCUCUCAGAGAUCAUCGAUUGCCCAUGCACAUUGGCACAGUCCAGAGCAGACACUGGCAGAUUUCAUCCAGAUUAUGGGUGUGACAUAGACACAGGAAGCGUGUGCACUUACCACCCUGGAGCUGUGCACUGUGUUAGAGGGAUCUAUGGCAGUCCUCAAUAUGCAGCGGGGCAGCAGUGCUGCUAUGAUGCUAAAGGUUUUCAGGUUCUCACUAAUGAUUCACUAGGGGGCAGCACCCCAGACCGAGGUCAUGACUGGGGCUCCCCUCCGUACAGGAAGCCCCCCCGAGUACCAGGCUUCUCUCACUGGAUCUAUGAUGUAAUCACUUUCUAUUACUGUUGCCUGUGGUCAGAUAACUGCCAAUACUACAUGGAACUGAGACGAUCAAGUGACUGUCGCACAUAUACACCACCGAAAGUCGCUUCUGCCUUUGGGGAUCCUCAUUUUAUCACCUUUGAUGGAGGAAAUUUCACCUUCAAGGGGUAUGGAGAAUACACCCUGGUCAAGUCUAAUCAUCAUUCACUCAUGGUUCAGGGCCGGACAAAGCCUGCUAUAUCUGCAAAUGGUUCCUCUUCAAUCACCGGCUUCACUUCUGUGGCCAUGCAGGAGAAGAGUUCUGAUGUGAUUGAGGUACGUCUGGCGGAACUCCCUGACAUACUGGAGGUUCUUCUAAACCAGGAAGUUCUUAGACUUGAACGGAGAUGGCUAGACCUUAAGGGGGUAUUUGUGUUUUCUGGCACUAAUCAAAACGUGACAGUGAUGUUCCCAUCGGGGGCUGGAGUGGAAGUGAGAGGAAGAGCAGGAUUCCUGACUGUGAGCGUCCUUCUUCCUGAGGAGUUCAUGAACCAAACCCAAGGGCUUAUGGGAAUCCUGAACAACGAUCCUGCAGAUGAUUUUAGCUUCAGGAAUGGAACCAAGUUACCCCUGGAUGCCAGCCCUGAGCUGCUUUUCCAGCUUGGUGCAGACUGGGCAGUGACCAGUGACAGCUCUCUAUUCACCUAUGAUUCACAGUCUUUGAUAGAUGACUAUCAAGUAAAACACAACCCACAUUUCUUGCCCACCUUUACCGUUCAGGAAGAUCCCAAUGAUCCAUUAAUAGAUGAAAUGAGAAAAGUAUGUGACAUUGAUCCUUUCUGUAGAUUUGAUGUACUGACUACUGGAAACCUAACGGUUGGCAUUGCAACCAAAAUAUCACAUGACAGCCACAAGGAUUUGGUGGAAAGUCUGAAGCCAGUGGUCUCGUGUGGCUGGCUAGAGCCCCCAAAGAAUGGGAAGAAGGAAGGAACUAGCUACCUGGCAAACUACAGUGUGACAUUUACCUGCAAUAAAGGAUACAUGUUAACGGGAUCUUAUGCACGCACAUGCCAGGCUGAUGGCACUUGGAGUGGGCAAACAAGUCACUGUGUAUCUGAUAAUGUUCUGGGCAUUGUCCUAGGGUGUGUGCUUGGGUUCCUCACCCUCCUAGUCUUACUCAUAUUGAUUGGACUCCAUGAGAAAAAGCACAGCAGGAAAAAGGAGAUCAGCGUUCCUCAGGUGACUUACCAAACUCAUGAACUAUAGGAGCAGCUUGUGAAGAAAUAUUCUCAGGAAAUGAUGAAAGAGACACUGCCUCAGGGCUAUAUAUCAUAGAAAGUUUCUAGGGUUCUACAUUUCCUACUAGUGACUGACAUUCUCGCUUCAUAAUAUAUGGUGGAUCUCUCUCCUUUGGGAUAAAAUUCUCAUACUUAACUCCGUGUUUCAAGCCCCAAAACUAAAAUAUCUUUGCAUCUACCUCGUAUCUAGCCCUCCACAUUAUGUUAUUCUCUGACGGAAUCAGUAUGAUAUGCCGGUUGUCGGCAUCCCGGCGGUCAGGAGACCGACGUCAGGUUCCUUACAGCCAGAAUACCGGUGGCAAGCACAGCGUGUCCCCUCGCAGGCGUGCUGCGCUCCCCACGCUUAAGGCCCGGUUGCGACCUUUGGUCGCCACAGGGUUAUAUUCCCCUUCGGGUGGUGCCGUGGACAACCAUCCGAGUGGCGAUUCUGGCCAGCAGUUGGGAUUCCGACCGCCGGUAUUUCACCGGUUGUCGGGAAUCCGGCGUUGGUAUCGUGACAGCCGGCAAAAUGACUGCCUCCCUCUCAGACUUCAAAAAGGUCUUCGUGUCAGCACAUAGCAACCCUAGCAAAUCUCAUUCCAAACAUAUGAUAAAUGUUUCCAGAUAAAUAAAAUGUCUCUUACCAGAUCACAA